AUGCCGCGCAGCCCGACGUCCAGCGAGGACGAGAUGGCCCAGAGCUUCUCUGACGACUCUGUGGGCUCGGAGUCGGACAGCUCCAGGGGGGAGAGCACCUACGACACCAUCCGCGCUGUGGCGGACAGGCCGGCGGGCGCGCGCGCCGAGGAGGCCCAGGGCCACACGCUGGUCAUCCGUGUGAUCAUCCAGGACCUGCAGCAGACGAAGUGCAUCCGCUUCGACCCGGACGCCACGGUGUGGGUGGCAAAGCAGCGGGUGCUGUGCACGCUCACCCAGGGGCUGAAGGACGUCCUCAACUACGGCCUCUUCCAGCCGGCCAGCAAUGGGCGCGACGGCAAGUUCCUGGAUGAGGAGCGGCUGCUGCGCGAGUACCCGCAGCCCGUGGGCCAGGGCGUGCCCUCCCUGGAGUUUCGAUACAAGAAGCGGGUGUAUAAGCAGUCCAACCUGGACGAGAAGCAGCUGGCCAAGCUCCACACGAAGACCAACCUGAAGAAGUUUAUGGACCAUACACAGCACCGGUCGGUGGAGAAGCUGGCCAAGCUGCUAGACCGCGGCCUGGACCCCAAUUUCCAUGACCUGGAGACAGGAGAGACGCCCUUGACCCUGGCCGCCCAGCUGGACGCGUCGGCGGAGGUCAUCAUAGCUCUGCGGAAUGGUGGGGCGCACCUGGACUUCCGCGCCAGGGACGGGCUGACCGCCCUGCACAAGGCCGCCCGCGCCAGGAACCCGCUGGCCCUGAAGACGCUGCUGGAGCUCGGGGCCUCUCCGGACUACAAGGACAGCUGCGGGCUCACGCCGCUCUACCACACGGCCGUGGUGGGCGGCGACCCGUGCUGCUGUGAGCUGCUCCUGCGCGAGCGCGCCUCCGUGUGCUGCCGGGACGAGAACGGCUGGCAGGAGAUCCACCAGGCCUGCAGGUAUGGCCACGUGCAGCACCUGGAGCACCUGCUGUUCUACGGCGCGGACAUGGGCGCGCAGAACGCCUCAGGCAACACCGCCCUGCACAUCUGCGCCCUCUACAACCAGGACAGCUGCGCCCGAGUGCUGCUCUUUCGGGGAGGAAACAAGGAAUUGAAAAACUACAACAGCCAGACGCCAUUUCAGGUGGCCAUCAUCGCGGGUAACUUUGAGCUGGCAGAAUACAUCAAGAACCACAAGGAGACAGACAUCGUGCCCUUCCGAGAGGCCCCGGCCUACUCCAACCGCAGGCAGAGGCCCCCCAACACUCUGGCCGCCCCCCGGGUCCUGCUGCGCUCCAACAGUGACAAUAACCUGCACGCCGGCGGCCCCGAGUGGACCGUGUGCCCCGGGGCCCCCUCCCACCGCAGCCUCUCCCCCCAGCUGCUGCAGCAGGCCCCCGGCAAGCCGGAUGGCGCCGCCAAGAGCCUGGGGGGCUACCUCCCAGGACCCCGGAGCCGCUCCCCGACCCUCAACAGGCUGGCCGGCGUCGGCGAAGAUGGCAAGAGACCCCAGUCGCACUGGCACGUGGGGCCGCCCUUCCCAGCUAGCAAGGAUGCCUCGGCCUCGGCCUUCGAGUACCCGGGGCCCAAGCGGAAGCUCUACAGCACGGUGCCCGGGAGGCUGUUCGUCGUCGUCAAGCCAUACCAACCCCAAGGCGACGGAGAGAUCCCCCUCCACCGCGGCGACAGGGUCAAAGUUCUGAGCAUCGGCGAGGGCGGAUUCUGGGAAGGCAGCGCCCGCGGGCACAUCGGAUGGUUCCCGGCGGACUGCGUGGAGGAGGUCCAGUGCAAGCCGAGGGACAGCCAGGCCGAAACCCGCGCAGACCGCAGCAAGAAGCUCUUCAGGCAUUACACAGUGGGCUCCUAUGACAGCUUCGACACCGCCAGUGACUGCAUCAUCGAGGAGAAGACGGUGGUCCUGCAGAAGAAAGACAAUGAGGGCUUCGGGUUUGUGCUCCGGGGGGCGAAAGCCGACACCCCUAUCGAGGAGUUCACGCCGACGCCGGCCUUCCCGGCACUGCAGUACCUGGAGUCUGUAGAUGAGGGCGGGGUGGCGUGGCAAGCCGGACUGAGGACCGGGGACUUCCUGAUCGAGGUCAACAACGAGAAUGUGGUCAAGGUGGGCCACAGGCAAGUGGUGACCAUGAUCCGCCAGGGCGGCAACCACCUCAUCCUCAAGGUCGCCACGGUGACCCGGAGUCUGGACCCUGACGACACUGCCAGGAAGAAAGCUCCGCCGCCUCCAAAGCGGGCGCCCACCACAGCCCUCACGCUGCGCUCCAAGUCCAUGACAGCGGAGCUGGAGGAGCUCGUGGAUAAAGCCUCAGUCCGGAAGAAGAAGGACAAACCAGAAGAGAUUAUCCCAGCCCCCAAGCCCUCGCGGACUGCCGAGAAUGUAGCCAUGGAGUCGAGAGUGGCGACCAUUAAGCAGAGGCCCACCAGCCGGUGCUUCCCAGCGGUCUCCGAUAUGAACUCUGUGUACGAACGCCAAGGGAUCGCGGUCAUGACGCCCACCGUUCCUGGGAGCCCGACGGGCCCAUUUCUGGGCCUCCCUCGAGGCACGAUGCGAAGGCAGAAGUCCAUAGACAGCAGAAUCUUUCUAUCAGGAAUCACGGAGGAAGAGCGGCAGUUCCUGGCCCCUCCGAUGCUGAAGUUCACCCGAAGCCUGUCCAUGCCAGACACCUCGGAGGACAUCCCCCCUCCGCCGCAGUCUGUGCCCCCAUCGCCCCCGCCGCCCUCCCCCACCACCUACAACUGCCCCAAGUCCCCGACUCCAAGGGUCUAUGGGACCAUCACGCCCGCAUUCAACCAAAACGCGGCCGCCAGGGUGUCCCCAGCAACCAGAUCCGACACCGUGGCCACCAUGAUGCGGGAGAAAGGGAUGUUCUACCGGCGCGAGCUAGACCGCUACUCCCUGGACUCGGAAGACCUCUACAGCCGCAGCGCCGCACCCCAGGCCAGCUUCCGCAGCAAGCGGGGCCAGAUGCCGGAGAACCCGUACUCAGAGGUGGGCAAGAUCGCCAGCAAGGCCGUCUACGUCCCUGCCAAGCCGGCCAGGCGCAAGGGCAUGCUGGUGAAGCAGUCCAACGUGGAGGACAGCCCCGAGAAGACGUGCUCCAUCCCCAUCCCCACCAUCAUCGUCAAGGAGCCCUCCACCAGCAGCAGCGGCAAGAGCAGCCAGGGCAGCAGCGUGGAGAUCGACCCCCAGGCCGCUGAGCCGCCGGGCCAGCUGCGGCCCGACGACAGCCUGACCGUCAGCAGCCCCUUCGCGGCCGCCAUUGCCGGGGCUGUCCGCGACCGGGAGAAGCGGCUGGAAGCCAGGAGGAACUCCCCGGCCUUCCUCUCCACCGACCUGGGGGAUGAGGAUGUGGGCCUGGGUCCGCCGGCGCCCCGGGCGCGGCCCUCCAAGUUCCCCGAGGAGGGCGGAUUUGGUGAGGAGGAUGGUGCUGAGCAGCCCGUGUCGCCCAGCCCAGGCGCGGCGCCCAGGGAGCCGGAGAACCACUUUGUCGGUGUUGGGGAGGCCAGUGCUCAGGGGGAAGCCGCGAGGCCCCCGAAUUCCAUAGCCAAGGCCAAGGGGCCCGAGAGCGGCCCGGCACCCGUGGCCAGCCCCGAGAAUUAUGUCCACCCCCUGACAGGGCGGCUCCUGGACCCCAGCUCCCCGCUGGCCCUGGCGCUGUCUGCGAGGGACCGGGCCAUGAAGGAGUCCCAGCAGGGGCCCAAGGGGGAGGCCCCCAAGGCUGACCUCAACAAGCCCCUCUACAUUGACACCAAAAUGCGGCCCAGCGUGGAGGCCGGCUUCCCUCCGGUCACCAGGCAGAACACGCGGGGGCCCCUGCGGCGGCAGGAGACGGAGAACAAGUACGAGGCGGAGCUGGGCAGGACCCGGGGGGCCGAGGACAAGAAGAACAUGCUCAUCAACAUCGUGGACACGGCCCAGCAGAAGUCGGCCGGCCUGCUGAUGGUGCACACCGUGGACAUGGCCAAGGUGGGCCGGCCCCUGGAGGAAGAGGAGGAGAAGCAGGACGUGGACCUGAAGCCAGACCACUCGCCCUCCGCGGUGCCGGAAGGCGUUUCCGAAACCGAAGGUGCUUUACAGACCUCCGCUGCCCCCGAGCCCGCCGCCGCGCCCGGCAGGACCAUGGUGACGGCGGGCUCCCUGGAGGAGGCGGUGGUCUUGCCAUUCCGCAUCCCUCCUCCCCCCCUGGCGUCCGUGGACUUGGAUGAGGAUUUUAUUUUUACAGAGCCAUUGCCUCCUCCCCUGGAAUUUGCAAAUAGUUUUGAUAUUCCCGAUGACCGUGCCGCUUCUGUCCCCGCUCUCACCGACCUGGUCAAACCGAAGGAAAACGACACCCCUCCGACCCCUUUGCUGAGCUCCAGCCCGCCAGCCACCUCUGCAGACAGGAAGAAGCCAGCCGGCCUCUCCAACUGUCUGCCUGCCUCGUUCCUGCCACCUCCUGAGAGCUUUGACGCCGUCGCCGACUCUGGGAUCGAGGAGGUGGACAGCCGGAGUAGCAGCGACCACCAUCUCGAGACCACCAGCACUAUCUCCACAGUGUCCAGCAUCUCCACCCUGUCUUCCGAAGGUGGGGACAGUAUGGACACUUGCACAGUCUAUGCAGACGGGCAAGCGUUUGUGGUGGACAAGCCCCCCGUACCUCCGAAGCCAAAAAUGAAGCCCAUAAUUCACAAAAGCAAUGCCCUUUACCAGGACGCACUGCUGGAAGAGGACGCGGAUGGCUUUGUCAUCCCCCCACCCGCGCCGCCGCCACCCCCGGGCACUGUCCAGUCCGGGGUGGCCAAGGUCAUCCAGCCAAGGACCUCCAAGCUGUGGGGUGACAUCACGGAGGUCAAAAGCCCGAUUCUCUCAGGCCCAAAGGCUAAUGUCAUUAGUGAAUUGAACUCAAUCCUGCAGCAAAUGAACCGAGAGAAAUCGGCAAAGCCAGGGGAAGGACUGGAGUCGCCGGCCGGAGUCAAGCCUGGCAGCCUUGCUCCAAGAGGCGCGGAAGUCCUGAGCACUGUCUCAGGUGCACGCAGCACGACGGUCACCUUCACUGUCCGCCCUGGCGCCUCCCAGCCCAUCACCCUGCAGAGCCGGCCCCCCGACUAUGAAGGUAGGACCUCAGUCACGAGACGCGCCCCGAGCCCUGUGGUCUCGCCAACAGAGAUGAGCAAAGAGGCUCUGCCCACCCCUCUGCCCGCCGCCGCCGCCUCUCCUUCCCCCACACUCUCCGACGUCUUCAGCCUUCCAGGCCAGUCCCCUGCCGGGGACCUAUUUGGCUUGAACCCAGCACCCCGCAGCAGGUCACCAUCUCCCUCAAUACUUCAACAGCCAAUCUCAAAUAAGCCUUUUACAACUAAGCCUGUCCACCUGUGGACUAAACCAGAUGUGGCAGACUGGCUGGAAAGCCUGAACUUGGGCGAACACAAAGAGACCUUCAUGGACAAUGAGAUCGAUGGCAGUCACUUACCAAACCUUCAGAAGGAAGACCUGAUCGAUCUGGGGGUGACUCGGGUCGGGCACAGGAUGAACAUAGAAAGGGCUUUGAAACAGCUGCUGGACAGAUAAGGACGGCUGUUCUUCACCUUCACAGACGUUUUGUUAUAAGUAGAGAUGGGCUCAUGCUGAAACAUCCGAUGGCCAAGCAGUCUGCGAGCACCAACUCCGCUCAAGGGUUUGUCUCCCGGUACCCAAAGAAGUGCUGAGGGUGUCCAGGGUGUGGC